AUGAGACGGAACACAGGUAUUGAAGUCAUGAAAAAUGGUGCCAGCUUAGACAACCGAUAUGUUGUCCCAUAUAACAGGGACUUGCUUGUCCAGUUUGAUGCACAUAUAAAUGUUGAAGUAUGCAAUUAUGCGAGGUCGGUGAAGUACCUCUUCAAUUAUGUUCAUAAAGGAUCUGAUAGAGCCACAACAAUAAUAGAAUCAACAGGGACACCAAUAGAAAAUGAUGAGAUAAAAAAAUACCUAGAUUGCAGAUACAUAUCGGCCACAGAAGCUUGCUGGAGGAUCUAUUCAUUUGAUAUACAUCACAGGCAACCAGCUGUUGAGCGCUUACCAUUUCAUUUACAAGGGCAAAACACAAUAAUAUUUGAAGAAUCAAGGACAGCUGAAAGCGUACUAAGCAGACCCGAUUUAGAAAAAACAAAAUUUACAGAAUGGUUUGAGGCAAACAAAGAAUACCCUGAUGCAAGAGAGCUGACAUAUUCUGAUUUUCCAACGCGUUGGGUUUGGAAUGGAAGAGACAAACAGUGGACCAGAAGGAAGAAAGAACACGCAGUUGGCAGAAUUUACUUUGCACAUCCAGGAAGUGGAGAACGUUUUUACAUGCGUAUGCUACUAAAUUUUGUCAAAGGGUGUACUUCCUUCGAAAGCAUCAGAAGAAUCAAUGGAGUAGAUUAUAAGACAUAUAGAGAGGCCUGCUACGCUUUGGGGUUAUUAGAUGAUGACAAAGAGUGGAACGACUGCUUGUCUGAGGCGGCCCAGUGGGCUUCUGGAAACGAGUUGCGACAUCUCUUUGUUACUAUAUUUAUGAAUUGUCAGGUGUCAGAUACACGUAAGCUAUGGGAGAAUAACCAUGCAAUAUUAUCUGAAGAUAUCAUGCAUAUCCAGCGAAAGAGAUUACAAUUCAAUGGUUUACAGCUAAACACAAAGCAGAUUGAAGCGUACACACUAUUUGAGAUUGAAAGCAUCCUUCUAAAGAUGGGGAGAAGUUUCAAAGAUAUAAAAGGAAUGCCCCUUCCAGAUUCAGCAUUAAUGCGAAAUGUAGGGAAUCGCCUAAUCAAUGAAGAGCUAGACUACGACAAAGACAAGCUCCAAAUACUCCAUGAUCAAUCACUCGCUAUGUUAAAUACUUGCCAACGUGCGGCAUAUGAGGCAAUAAUAACAUCAGUUCAUAACGAAGAAGGGAAAUUAUUUUUUAUACACGGCCAUGGUGAUACGGACAUCACACCAGAGUCAACAUGUGAAAUCAAACAAGGCAGUCAAUUAGCAGAAUUACUUAAAAAGACCGCUUUGAUAAUAUGGGAUGAGGCACCAAUGGCAAACAAAUUGUGCUUUGAGGCAUUAGACAGAACCUUAAGGGAUAUUCUCCAAGAUAGGUAUGAAAAUAGUGCCAUGAAACCUUUUGGGGGCAUAACUUUCGUAUGUGGUGGUGAUUUUCGCCAAAUACUACCGGCUAUUCCAAAGGGAACAAGAGGUGAUAUUGUGGAUGCAGCGCUGAACUACUCACAGUUGUGGCCCUACUUCUCAAUUUAUAAAUUGACGGAAAAUAUGAGAAUUAGCUGUGGAAAAGUCAGGGGUUCUGAAGCACGAAAAAUAACAAGUUUUGAUAAAUGGCUUUUGCAAAUUGGAGAUGGAUCAGUUUAUGCAGAUAAUAAGAAGGACCUCAUUCAUGUGCCCGCUGAUGUAUACAUUCUAACAUCGCACAAUCAAAUAGAAUCCAUUGUAGAGGCAGUAUAUCCGUCCCUGCUACAGAACUAUAACGACCUAUCCUACUUGAAAGAAAGAGCCAUAGUCACACAAAAAAACGAAAUGGUCCAUGAAUUGAAUGAGAAAAUUCUGAAGCUGAUACCUGAGGAAGGAAGAACUUACUAUAGCUCAGACAAUGUGUGCAAAGCAAGCGUGAAUACUAAUAAGGAGGAUAUAUUGUACCCAACAGAAUUCCUAAACAACUUACGAUUCCCAGGUAUCCCAAACCAUGACAUUCACUUGAAAGUAGGAAGUCCGGUUAUGCUGCUUAGAAAUCUAAAUCAAAUUGAAGGCCUAUGCAAUGGUACAAGAUUAAUAAUAACACAUAUGGGUAUUUGGUUUAUUACUGCAAACAUAAUCUCUGGAAAGAACAUCGGUUCAAGAGUCACAAUACCAAGAAUUAUCAUGUCACCAAACGAUUCAAAUUGGCCGUUCAAGCUCAACAGGCGCCAACUUCCUUUAGCACCCUGUUAUGCUAUGACCAUCAACAAGAUCCAAGGGCAGACUCUUCAAAGAGUUGGGUUGUAUCUGCCAAAACAAGUAUUCACACAUGGUCAAUUGUAUGUAGCAGUAUCACAUGUAACAACAAGAGAAGGAUUGACAAUUGUCAAUGCGGACGAGGACACAUAUGACCCUACAUACAUAAAAAAAUAUUGUUUACACGAAAAUCUUCCAGAACGUCGGCCCAAGAAUAGUGCAAACUGA